AUGCGGAACUCUGAUGAGAACCGUCAUGCAUACCAGCCUCAAAUUAUAGUAACUGAUCUUGAAAAGCGGAGGUUCAGAGUUAAAUACGAAAAUCAUUCGGGAAUCAAGAUGUGGGGAUUUCAUAGUGACUUAAAUAUGUGGGUGGUGAAGAGGAAUCAUGGAAAACUGAAGUACUAUAAGGAUACUCACGACUUUAGCUCCUGGACUAAAGUCCAUCUAACUAAACUUUCAGCAACACCAUUCCACAAUCCUUCAAAGGACCCAAAUGCCUCAAAUUUCAAACUCUUUCUUGAAAGGCAGGUCAAAGAAAAAUUCUCUGAAAUGAAAACUGCAGAUUUGCUAAUCAGAAGAGACAAGGAGGUGCUUGAUCCCAGAACCAAUGAGCGAAUGAAUAUAAUGAUGUGGCAUGCGACUAAACAUUUAAAAGAAAUUCCUAUCCCUCAACAUUUCCAUGAAGGAUAUCUGGAUCACAUGGAAUUUUGGGCUUUUGAUGAGGUCACAGCCACAACAGCAAUCAAGUUCACUGAUAGUGAUAUUGUUCUUCAUCUUGUUGAUGCUAAAGAUCUGUUGCAGUUUCGGGAGCGAGAUAUACACACCUUGAAUCAACACCAAAUUAUCUACAAAGGGUGUUAA